AUGAUUCAAAAAAGCCAUCAUAGUGGCAUCUUCCAAUCAAUAAGAGCUAAUAAAUUAACUUCUUACAUCCUAUAUUGUAUAAUACUUUAUAGGCUAUUAAAGAAAGUGAUUUUAUUUAAAAGUUCCAAAUUAUUUACUUUAAAGAUACGAGGGAGAGCACACAUUACGUCGACAUUUGUUGUUCCCGCCACAAUGAAACAUUGGAAACGACGAUCAUUCGCCUUGCUGGCCAUUGUCCUGCAGGUUCUGGUCUUGCUGGAGCCAGGAAUGACCAUGACCAUGGAUCAGUUUAUGUCCUCGCUGGACAUGAUAAGAAGUGGCUGUGCCCCCAAGUUUAAGCUUCGUAAUGAGGAUUUAGAUCGGCUGCGAGAUGGAGAUUUUAGUUUUGAACCAUCACACGAUUUAAUGUGUUAUACCAAGUGCGUAUCCCUAAUGGCAGGCACGGUGAAUAAAAAAGGAGAGUUCAAUGCCGCAAAGGCGCUGGCGCAGCUUCCCCAUCUGGUGCCUACAGAGAUGUUAGAGGUCACCCGACGGUCAGUGGAGGCCUGCAGGGAUGCGCAUAAGCCUUACAAGGAGUCGUGCGAGAGGGUUUUUCAAACAGCCAAGUGCCUGGCUGCCAACGCGGAAGGAACUUUCAAGUGGCCGUAGGUUAAAUACCUAUGAGGAUUCAAGGCAGACACAUUUUUCGAAGCAUUUUAUUAAUUCGCACCUUAACAGUUUCAUAAAAAAAAGUGAAUAAAGCAAUUUC